AUGAUGAAAUCGGGAUCGUACUCGAGUAUGCUAUGGCUUCGCAAUAGUAGCAGCUCCUCCUCCUCCUCCAGAGGCCAUCGCAUUGUUCCACAGACCCAAGCUUUGAAGCCGCAAACUCGGGAUCGUGGCCCCCCGUCCGAGGAAAGCACGCAGACGGAUUUCGCCGCGCUUGAUGUGCUUGGAAGCAUUCCCGGCCCGGCAACUGCAGUUGACGCGUGCUUGGAUGAUGGCUUUCACCUGGAUAAUGGUGUCAAGAUCACUGAUGGUGACGGGAUCUUGCUGGUGGGUGGUGAGGCUUUCUCCUGGCGGCCAUGGCACUCCAUGACGGGCGGUGCUGCGGACGCUGCGCGGAAGCAAAUGGUGAAUGAGAAAGGACAAUUCGAAGUGCCUGAAGAAGUCUGGGGGCUUUUUAGUGUGGUCUGGCCUCGUCCUGUUGAUAAGAAUCCAAACCAUAGCAUUUUUCUGUAA